AUGAAGAACUGGGUCGCAGAACUAGGAGGAGAGAAGGAAAAGUGUAGAGAAGAGUUAGCAACAAAAGCAGCAGAAGUGACUUCACUGCAGAAAGAGUUAGACAAUGAGAAGAAGUUAAUCCAAGUUCUGGCUGCAGAAGCCCAGGUUAUGAAGAACUGGGUCGCAGAACUAGGAGGAGAGAACGCCACGCUUCAGGAUGAGGUAAACAAAAACUACUUGAAAAUAAAUUCACUUCUGAAAUCUUUAAGGAAGGAGAAACAGAGGAGCAGAAAUCUCCAGGAUGCUCUCCAACAUGGGAAGGAGAUGGAAAAUUUGUUGAGAGAAGAAAAGAAGAGAGGAAAUGAGAUGGCGGCUUCCCUGAGAACCUUCAAAGUAGAGCUCAAUAACAGGGACCUACAAAUUGAAAACCUCCUAAACAUGAAAAGGAAAUUGAUAAGUGAAAAAGAAGAACUUUUGCAGGAACUAGGCGUUGCUCUCAGUCACAGCAAGGAACUGGACAGCUUGCUGGAGGAGGCAGGCAAGCAGGCGACAAAACUCGCAAACGAUUUCGAGGAAGAGGUCCAGAAAAGGGAGGACCAAAUGAAAGAUUUCUUAGGCAAGGAGGAACAACUCAGAGUUGAAAAUCUAGAGUUGGAAGACAGAUUAGAAAAUGCUGUCAAUCUUCUGAUUAAAGAAGAGAGGGAAAAUGUACAUUUGCAGCAAAUGUUACAGGAAAAGGAAAAAGAAGUACAGACGCUGAGGAUAGAUGAAAAAGACCAUCAAGAACAGAGAAAUAUGAUGGAGAACAAACUGUGGGAAGUUGAAAAAGAGCUGCAGCAACUUAGAACGGAAUGUGAAAAUCUGAAAGAAAAUUGGAGGAUACAAGAGGAAAAGAUGAUCAGGGAACAACAGCGUCUCAUGGAGCGCCAAAGGAGACAGGAAGAGGCUCUGAGGGAACAGGACAAAUACAUGCUAAUGACGCUUCUCCAUGGGACAGCUCAGAGGAACUUCCAUCUGCAGCACAUUGCACUGCAGCAUGGAACUGAAACUCUGGACAGCAUCAAUGAAAAGGAGAAGCAAGAUGAGGACCUGUGGUUGAGGAAGGAGAAACAACACAGGAAAUAUUGCGAUGCCCAGCAGGAGAGGACGAACUACCCGAAACAGUGGGACGUCCUAACUCAGACAUUGACGGAACUCACCCGUGGAGAUUCUGACGAGAACUGUGAAAUUUCCAGCAGAAAACCAGAUGACAAAACUUGUCAUCAGAGCAGUGAAGAUUGA